AGUUGUAUAUUGCAGAACAGCUCUUCUGGUGGUGGAGCACGGUGGUCGAGUGACCUCUACUGUACACCCUGCACACACUGCUGCUUCGUGCCAGCCCCGACUUCCCCGCUGUUUUACGACGGUGUGCUUACACAAUGACAGUUUCCGUCAGUUUCACUCGCGAGUCGUAACCGCCUGGAGUACGCUUUUUUUUUUUUUUGUCGUUUCCAGUUUUUGUUGAAACGCGAAUUUCGCCAUUUCAAAUUAUCAAUCGAUAUCGAUCGCCACGUUUGGCGGAGAGCGAGCGCGGUUUCCCGGUGCGGGUACAAGUUGUACUCGCCGUAGUUGAACUCUGCAGUUCCUGCUCGAGGCCCAGCGCAGAGCUCGAGCGGCGGCUCCGAAAAGUUUGUUGUUGUCACGUGACGCGAGACGAAUGUGGCGAUAAAAAGUUUGUUUAGAUCGUGAAACUGGGCGGCGUGCUACAUUUCUCCUUCCCCGUCGAACACCGUCUUCGCCCGCAAUGCCUCAACCGAAGUAUCGAAAGAUCGCUGUUAUAGGUUACCGGUCUGUAGGAAAGUCGUCUCUUACGAUACAGUUUGUGGAAGGACAGUUUGUCGACUCCUAUGACCCCACCAUUGAAAACACCUUUAACAAAAUGGUCAGCGUUAAUGGUCAAGACUUCAAUCUUCAGCUGGUUGAUACAGCUGGACAAGAUGAGUACUCAAUAUUUCCUCAGUCCCACUCAAUGGACAUCCAUGGCUAUGUCCUCGUCUAUUCAGUGACCUCCAUGAAAAGUUUUGAGGUUGUCCAGGUUCUACAUGACAAGCUACUAGACAUGGUUGGAAAGAUUCAGGUCCCAACGGUUCUUGUAGGGAACAAAAAAGAUCUCCACAUGGAAAGGGUUAUCAAGCCAGAGGAAGGGAAGAAACUUGCUGAUUCCUGGGGAGCUGCAUUCAUGGAGUCCUCAGCCAAGGAGAAUGAGACUGCUGUGGAGGUUUUUAAGCGGAUCAUUUUGGAGAUGGAGAAAGCUGAUGGAAAUUCUGCCCCAGAGGUGAAGAAGUGUGCCGUCAUGUAAACGUGUAUCCAGGACAUCAGUAAGCACAUUUGCUGAAGGCAGGAGGCACAACUUCUCCGGCUUGCCAAUCGUGACCUCACCUACACCAAGACACUGCAGUGGAACUUUUCUGAUCCGUUAUGAUACCACAUUCAUUUACAGAGCAAGGCAACUGCCCAGACAGUUGAUAAACUAAUUCUCUAAGAGCAACAAUAAUCUGUUUUAAACAAAGGAGAACCUUCAGUGACCAUAUUCGUUAAAUAAUGAAAAAAUUAAAUUGAAAACUCUGCAAAAUCUUGAUUUGGAGUUCAAGCAAAUACUCAGAAAACAAAAUUGUCCCAAUAACUGCAUCAAUUUUUUUUUCAUGAAUUUAUUAUGGCAAUAACUAUUUGUAAAUCUGAUGUUUGAGACAUCGUUAGCUUAUGUCUCAUAGCUCUUUGAAUACUUAAGUUAAUAUAAAAAGUGACCUUUUCAGGACGGGUGUAUUAUUUCAGGCAGAUCUUUUUUUUGACUGAUGGAGAGUCACAGUUCACAUUACUUUCAAUGUGGUGUUAAAAUGUCACUAUUUCAUAAAAUAAUGUAGAUUCUCUGCAACACCCCAACAUGAAGAGUCUGAUAUGAAUUCUCACUAUGGUUUCACAAUUCUUCUCACAAUAAUUUUUAUCAACUCUUUCAGGUACCGUUCACCAAUGAACUUUUGAACUGUGGUCUUCAUGCCGGGAGAAUAUUUGUAUAUUUAACAACAAACAUUUUAAGCUCUUCUGCAAAGCAGAUGGGGAUCCCUCAUUGUUUCCACAGUUAAGUUUCUCCUUCCUGACUGUAAUAAAGCUGUUAUCUUAUGGGAAACCCUCAGAGAAAUUUAGAAUAGAUUGGAACAGAUCUUUGGUAUUUACCAGUUAUGCCUUUUUAUACCAUAUAAAUAGAAUCUUAGAAAAUGGUUUGAUAUUAUUCGAUAUAUCUUGAGUGAUGCAAGUGUGCUCUCCCGUCAAUAUGACAAGUAGAGUAUACGCUUAUAAGUGCAUUAUAAUUAUGAACAUUGUUGAGCUGCAAUUUUAAAUUGCAUUUUAACACUGUAGGACUAAGUUAAAGCUACAGUGUUUACUUUGACCUUGUGGUUUUGAUUUGAAGGUUAAUGCUGGCUUAUUAAAACCAAGUCUGGAUGGCGUGCAUCCCGUCAAAUUCAUAUUUUGGAUGAUAACUGUCAAACACUUUGGAUCUUUAAAUUAAUUGUUUUUUCUUAGUUCGUGUAGCCUCACAGAGACAUGACACAGACUGUGGAUUUUUUCUCUCCCAACAAUCCUCAUGUUGUACCUGUAGUGGGUAAUUGUAACUUUUAUCAAGUGCUUUGCUGAGUAAGUAGUAAUCUGAUGGAUGAUUGAUAAUGGUUGAACAGAAGUUGGUGAUGCUGUGUCUUGUGCCUUACAGUUCUUCAAUCUGUCCACCUGCCUCCCUUCAUGACUCAAGGUGCUCUCAAAGGUUUUUUUCUUUUUCUCCCCCCCAUUCUGUUAACUUGAUGCCAUGGGUGCAGGCGGUGUGUACCCGAACACCAAUAUUCCCUCAUGGGUCAGUGUUUAUUCAGAAAUCUUGCUGUAAACAGUUUUGUACAUAAAAUAAAUCUGUUACUCAUU